AUGCCGGAAAGCGGUUCACCAGUUCAAGAGGGUGCCGAAAAUGCUGGAGAAACUGGUCUUCGUCGUGCGGGUCCACGAUUAUUCAAAGUCGUCGUGAUUGGUGAUUCCGGAGUAGGGAAAACUUGCCUCACAUACCGGUUCUGCAAUGGAAGGUUUCCGUCCAAGUCGGAAGCUACGAUCGGAGUCGAUUUCCGGGAAAAAAUCUGCCUUGUUGGGGAUGAGUCCAUAAAGCUCCAACUGUGGGACACAGCCGGUCAGGAAAGGUUUCGAAAGUCGAUGGUGUCGCAUUUCUAUCGAAAUGCGCACGCUGUGGUUUUUGUCUACGACAUCACAAGAAAGAGCUCAUUUGAGUCGCUUCCCACGUGGAUUCAGGAAUGCAAUAAGCACCAGUUGACCUACGCUAUGCCGCGAAUCUUGGUUGGAAACAAGUGCGAUAUGAAUGAUCAUCGUGCCGUGGAGACGGCAAGAGCUCAAAAAUUCGCAGACCUUCACAAUAUGCCGGUAUGCCUUGUUACGGUUGUAUUUUUUUCUUCAAAGCUUGAGCUUAGCUUUUCUGGUAGAUCCAAUAUGAUCAUGAACGAGUUCAAAAACCGAGUCAAUCUUUCUGACAUGGUUGAAAAAUGGUCCUCGAAUGAUUUUUUGACCACUUUGUUCGAGACCUCAGCAAAGGAUAACCUCGACGAUCACAUCGAGAGCAUAUUCAUGACGCUGGUGCACAAGUUGAAGAGCUCUCGCCCCAUGAUGCCAGAGUAUAACAUGCGGAUCAAUUUGGACUCCUUGGCAGAACAGGGUAAAGCUUCGAAAAACAAGAUUUUGACGAUAAUGAGCGACGGACGGUCAUCGGAAGAAGUGGAAAAGUUAGCAAGAAUUUUGCGCGUCGAAGAUCAAAAGAGACUGCGCAAGUGUGAGGCUACCGCAUCGAAUUUUCGCGUCAAUGGAAACAAAGCUUAUGGCGAGAAGGACUUUCUCCUUGCCCUCGAUUUUUAUGCAAAAGCAUUGUGCUUCUCUGUUGAUUUUGAGAAAUCAGCAAUGAUCUACGGGAACAGAUCUGCGGUUUUCUUCGAAAUGUGUGAUUAUGAGAGUGCGUUAUUGGACAUCUCUCGAGCUCUCAAGAAAGGCUGCAGUGAGGAAUUGUCAUUGAAGUUGAAAAUUCGGCGUUGGAAAUGUUUCAAGCUUUUGGGGAAGUCCGUGGAUGACGAAGAAAUGUUGUCCGUAAUUAAUGAUUCAACAGUGAGUGAAUCUUCACGAGAGCGACAGUUGAAAGACUUCUUGAAAAACAAAGGUUUGACUUCUGAAAGCAAGACGAAACCAUGUCAUGCAAUGGAUCCCCCGAAGCCCGGGUGUUUCUUCGGAGCAAAGCGAAAUGCGUUGCUUUGCAGUGGAAGUGACUUGGUGGACUUGAGUUGCAUCCAUUGCGUCGAACCCAGAUUCUGCGAUGAAAAGUGCCUCGAAGAAGCGUCAACAUUCCACCAGUUUGAGUGUGGUUGGACAUCGUUUCUGGAGUCCGUAGGUCUUGGCCACCUUGCCAUACGAAUCCUUACGACAGCUGGUCUCGAAAAUGUCGUCACUUACUCUGUGAAUGCGAAUCUGCAUGCCAUGUCGAACACGGGGUUAUUGCCAUUGGAUUCCUCCGAAUAUUCUUCUGUUUGGCGUUUGGAGGAGCAUACUGACAAGGUUACCGAAGAAGACGCGAAUAUCUAUGAACAGAACGCAAAUUUACUUAUCCGGUGGCUUGAAACGAAGACGGAAUACUUCGGAAAAUUGGAAACCCUUCAGAAAACCUACCCGCAACUGGACCAAGUCGCGAUUAUCGAUAUCGUGAAGAAAGCUCUGAUGAAGCACAUCAACCAGCUAAUAGUGAAUGCGCAUGCCAUCGGUCAUGUGAUGGAAGAUGGGCAAGAAAAACGUAGAGGAAUCGAAAGCUUUUCACGUGAUGAAUUCGUCGCUUUGCGGGAAACGAAAGUGGCAACCGGUAUUUUUCCAUGCUCGGGGAUGAUGAACCAUUCAUGCGUUCCAAACAUCUCAACCAGUUUUUACAAAAACGUCAUCGUUGUUCGCGUGGCGGAGAGCGUUAAGAAAGGCGACGAUCUCUUCAACUGUUACGGACCGUUUGCAAAACGAAGCAGGAAAGUGAAGAGGAAAAAGGAGCUCGCGGAGCAAUAUUUUUUUGAAUGCGCAUGUUCGGCUUGCCGCGAUCCUGACGACGGUGUUUGGGCUUGGUUGGACGCGUUUGCAUGUCCAGAGUGUGGACAUGCUUUGAGUUCUUCAGACGAAGUCAAGUGCAAUUCCUGUCAAUCAUCAGUAGAUGUCAAAAGUUUGGAAAACGACAUGGAGAAAUCGAAUGUCAGAUGGGAAAAAGGGAUGGACGAAUUCGACGCAGGAAUUUCAUCCGCAUUCAACCAUCUUCUGUCUGCAUUGGAAAUCCGUGAAAGGGUUCUUUUCAAGCACAAUCGGUCCCGUUCUGUCACAUACGAUACGCUUGCGAGGUGUUACGCAAUUCGAAGAGAUUUUGGAAAAAGUUUACAUUUUCUGGAUCUUUCGCUCGUUUGUGUUGCCGCGAGAUUUGGCCCGAAUUCGAUUGAAUACGGAUACGAGUUGUGCAAAUACCUGGAAGUUGCGAUCGGAUUGGCAGCGCAAAUGUCGGAGCAGAAAAAAGGAUCUCCUCUUAAUAACGAAAUUCGGAAGAACGUUGAGAUCUCGUGGUCUAAAGCGGUGAAGAUAUUCAAAACGCUGCAUGGACCAUGGAGUGAAAUGUUGCAGUCGUUGGAGAAAAUCCGCGAAGAAAAGUUGCUUCCAUUAUCUUUCGACAUCGAUGAAUCGUGCUGUUGAAAAUUUUCCUCUGCGUAAACACGCUUUGAUUUUUUCUGA